CCUGCUCACUACGUAAUGUGCCGUGCUGCUUCUAGCGGCGCUGGUGACAGUGCUGAAAGCUGUUGGGUAUGAAGUGAAACGGAACUGAAUUUUUGUACCAUCCGGAACUGCUUCAAGUUCAGAUCAUAACAAAGAAACUGAAGACAAACCUCCCUAAAACAAGCAAAGUUGCAACACGCAGGGGAAAAAUAUAAAAAAGGAUCACUUCAAGGGUUCAAAAACGCAAGAAGUAACCAAAUCCUGAAACGACCAAAGAAGACGCACAUCAGCUCAACCGAAACACUGAAAAGAAGCAAGCCUAUGCCCAAGCGUAUUCUGAAUAACUGAUCUGAAACCAGAAGUUUGUGCCUACUCAACAGCUUUGACAAAGCACACGUCCCAACGCUGCUCUUAGCCCUCCUCAUCCUCACCACACCUCAGACUCACCGCCGGGGUGUGGAGUGGGCUGCUAUCUGCUAUUUUUUUUUCUCCUCCCCAUAGUUCCCCGACUCCUCUUCUCUUCUCACUGUUUUUCUUUGUAACAUUUUCCAAGCGGUGUUAUUGCACCUGCGUUUGCCUUUUUUGUGCCAGACCCCCCCCCCUCCACACAUCAUUUUUUGCUCUGUGCAACCAUCUAGAACUUGUGCCAGAAACGUGUAACAAGCGUGUGUGUGUGUGUGUUCAACUGUGUGCAUGAGGAGAUCUGCAGGAACUGUAUAGUCAUCAAGAUCCAGAGAAUAACAAGAUACAAGACGACAAAUAAAGAUGAGUUUUGACCCAGGAAUGCUCCAUAACAAUGGGCACACUGCAUAUGCCAAUGGCUCAGGACCAGGCAUUAGAGAGACUGGCGUGGUGGAGAAGCUUCUGACUUCCUAUGGGUUCAUCCAGUGCUCUGAACGUCAGGAUCGUCUCUUCUUCCACUGCUCUCAGUACAAUGGCAACCUGCAGGAUCUCAAAAUAGGAGAUGAUGUAGAGUUUGAGGUAUCCUCUGACAGGCGCACUGGCAAGCGCAUAGCAGUGAAGCUGCUUAAGAUAAAGCCAGAGGUGCUGCCAGAGGAGCGCAUCUCGGGCCAGGUGGGGCCAGACCUGCACGCCUAUCCCUUUACUGUGCUGCAUGGUUAUAUUCAUCCAGUUGUCUCAUCAAUCCCAGUGCACUUGGAUGGAAAGUCUGGCCCUGUGCAGGCUCCCAAUGGCAGUGUCUGUUAUGAAAGAAAUGGGGAAGUGUUCUACCUUACCUACACUCCGGAUGAUGUAGAGGGUAACAUCCACCUCGACACGGGUGACAAAGUCAGCUUCUACAUGGAGACCAACAAACACACUGGUGCGGUUAGUGCUCGUAAUAUUCAGCUGGUGAAGAAAAAGCAGAUGCGGUGCCAGGGUGUGGUGUGUGCUACCAAGGAGGCCUUUGGAUUCAUCGAAAGGGCUGACGUGGUGAAGGAGAUUUUCUUUCACUACAGUGAGUUCAAGGGUGAUUUGGAGGCUCUGCAGGCUGGAGAUGAUGUCGAGUUCACCAUCAAAGACAGAAAUGGUAAAGAAGUAGCUACUGAUGUGAGGCUGCUCGCUCAAGGAACGGUCAUUUUUGAGGAUAUCAGCAUUGAGCAGUUUGAAGGCACUGUUGUCAAGGUCAUUCCCAAGGUUCCCACCAAAAACCAGAACGACCCUCUACCCGGUCGCAUCAGUUCUCGAAUUGGUUUCACUGACAAGGAGCUGCCGUUCGGGGAGAAGGACACAAAAUCCAAGGUCACCCUUUUGGAGGGCGAUCACAUUCAGUUCAACAUCUCCACCGACCGCAGAGACAAGCUGGAGAGGGCGACGAACAUCGACGUCCUCCCAGACACCUUCGACUUCACCAAGGAGACGCGUGAAAUGGGGGUGAUUGCGGCUAUCCGUGAUGGCUUUGGCUUCAUAAAGUGUGUGGAUCGGGAUGCUAGGAUGUUCUUUCACUUCAGUGAAGUGCUGGAGGAGAGCCAACUGCACAUCUCGGAUGAAGUGGAGUUUACUGUUGUGCCUGUAGGUCCUGUUAAUAAGAUUUUCACCAAAGAUAUGCUGUCUGCUCAGAGGAACCAUGCCGUGCGCAUCAAGAAGCUGUCUAAGGGCACGGUGUCUUUCCAUACCCAGUCUGAGCAGCGCUUCAUGGGUGUGGUGGAGAAAGAAGUUAUUGCUGUCAACACAAAGAAUGCCAGUCCUACUAAGGAAUCGGAGGAAGGAGUUAUUGGAUAUGAUGACUGUGGAGAGAAGCUCACUGUGGCGUACCAUACUAAAGACCUAGAGGGAGGAGGUAUCCCACAGGUUGGAGACAAGGUGGAGUUCUCCAUCAACGAAGUGAAGCGAACCGGCCUGCAGAGCGCAGUCUCCAUCAGGGUCCUCAACCGGACCUCCUCCAAUGCCAAGAGACUACAUGGAUUUGUUGCCACCCUGAAGGACAACUUUGGCUUCAUUGAGACAGCAAAUCAUGACCAAGAGAUAUUCUUUCACUACAGUGAAAUGUGUGGAGACUUGGACAGUUUGGAGCUGGGCGAUACAGUGGAGUACACGCUCUCUAAAGGAAAAGGAAACAAAGUCAGUGCUGAAAAGGUUACCAAAGUGGCUGCAGUGAAUGGCAUUGGUGAAGAUGUUGGUGCGAACGUGAUGGUGGGGAAAGUCAUCCGUCCUUUACGCAGUGUAGACCCCUCCCAAACAGAAUACCAAGGGCUUAUUGAAAUCACAGAGGAAGAUGGAACAAAGGGUCCAAGUUAUCCCUUUGGAAUCAUGGGUAUGGCCAGCAAGGCAGAUUGUCUGCAGAAAGGAGAACUUGUGAAGUUCCAAGUUUGCACAGUAUCCCAGACUGGACAGAAGAUGGCCUAUACUGUUGUCCCCCAGCGUAGAGCCUUGGUGGAGUGUGUCAAAGACCAGUUUGGAUUCAUCACAUAUGAGGUCGGUGAGAGCAAGAAACUGUUCUUCCACGUAAAAGAAGUGCAAGAUGGCCUGGAGCUCCAAACCGGGGAUGAGGUGGAGUUCUCCGUCGUCCUUAAUCAACGCACAGGAAAAUGUAGUGCCUGCAAUGUUCGCAGAGUCAGUGAGGGGCCUAAACCAGUGGCAACUCCUCGCCCUGACCGCCUGGUGAACCGAUUGAAGAGCAUCACCCUGGAUGAUGCCAGUGCUCCUCGUCUGGUCAUCGUUAGACAGCCCCGCGGUCCUGACAACUCAAAGGGCUUCAAUGUGGAGCGCAAGACUCGUCAGCCUGGCGUCAUCGACUGAGCAAUACAGAGCCUAACCCCCCCCCCCCAUUCAGUGUUGGUGGGAUGUGGCAACAGCAGGAGAUAAGGGAAUUUGAUUUGACACAUGCUUGUACACACAAACUCAUACAUAAAUCACGAACACGCAUACAGUAAUCGGCAUGUGUAAUCUUUGUCCCCAUCGAUACCUGCGAGGGAACCUUUGUCAUUUCCUGGUUCCCUGCCUCCCAUGUAUGAUGUACUUGAUAUGGAGUCCACACUGCAGUGUACAUGGGAUCUGAGUGUGUGUGUGUGUGUGUGUGUGUGCGCCGUAUCCUAGAAGUGAUUAGUGUGUAAUGGAGGUAUAUGUUUCUGAGGGCCUUGCCCCUCUAAAAUCAGAGUGAUGACUGUGUGGCUGUCUGUGUCCCUCUCUUUUGAAUCUGCUUUGUCUGGAAUUCUGCACCUGUUCUGUGUCCUGUAGUCUGCCUGGGUUGAUGAGUGCGUAUGUCGGCAUGUCUUUGAGCUUCUGCUCCCGUUUCUUUUUCUCUCAUGUUUGCCCCUUAAUCCAUGGAAACUUCAAAUGGUUUCAUUUGUCAAGUUUCCACUUUCUGUAUGCUUUCCUACAAAACGUAUAUAAAGCAAAGUUCCCUCCAUAAGGAGGAUCAUAUUUCUCAUAUGUGCGAGCUUAAACUGAGGAUUCUUCGCUGCUCGUUUUUUUUGAGCAGUUUUAAAAUGCUUUAUUGAAGAGCUGAAGUGAAAGCAUGGUUUGUGAUGUAUGUGAAUGUCAAAGUAGUUAAUCUAAUGGGUUUAACUUUAGCAAUCUGGAGCCUUUAGAUACCUUUUUGGUAUUCACAUGCUCCACUUAAGCAAAUUUUCCCGGGUGCAGAAUUCCUUGUGGCAUCUUAUAUCUGCAGUUCUUUUAUACUAUGUUUUUUUUUUUUUCUUGCACAUGUUUUUGCUUUUGUUUUUUGUUUUUUUUCAUUAAAACUCAAUCUGCUAAUAUUGAAUUAAGUAAGAAUAAGGUGCCUAAAAACUACAAGCAAAGUGACAUAAAAAAAUUAAAAAAAACGUAAAAAGAACAAAAAAGAAGUAUCCUGUUCCCAGCCAACCGCCAAAAUAUUCAGAACAAUCUUAGGGUGGCUAUCUUUUCUAGUAGAGAUAAUACUGAUAUGCAUCCCAAACCUCUGGGUUGAACUAUACUGUAUGUAAUGUGUGCUAUUUUUUUUUUUUUUCCUUAGUGGAAGUUCCAACUUCAGAUAUAAAUAAACAAAUUUAACUUAAAUAAUAUGGGAGGGAAAGUAUUAGGAAAUCCAGUUUAAAAAAAACAACAUUAAAAUUCAGGAUAUCAGUUAUAGCGCUCUGGAGAAGUGGUGGGUGAACUGUUGUGCCUCUGCACAUUUAAGUUGCAGUCAAAAUUACUUUCAACUUCAGAAAUCACCAGGGUUCAGUUAAACCACAUUCAGAGGUUCUCAUGUACUUUUGUUAAUGGUCUUGAAUGAAAAAAUUGAAUAAAAAGUUUUAUGAAAAUCA